ACGCUUUUGUUCAAACUCAGAAGUCAGACAGACAGUCGUACGUUUACAGAGGUGCGAGUUCUACAUUACUCACCAAAUGUGCUUUUAAAACGCUGACAAAAAACAGUGUCGCUCUUGUCAAGCGCAUUCAACUUGAUUUUUAACCUACAGUGCCAGUUUUGGAAACUACAUUUGGUUUUGUUGUACUUUGAUCGUUUCAAGUUGUUCAAACAGGGACAGCAAGGUGUCCUGUGCGAGGGAGUAGAAGGAAGGAUUUUUCUUUAACCCAGUUCUCUGUUGGCUUUGCUGGAGUAUGACUGCUGUCAUGUACAGUUAGCCUACUAGACAUUUUCUUUGACAGAAAGGAGAGAGUAAGUUUAUGCUACCCUUCAUCCUCCUCGCUGGAUAUCUAUGGAGAGGGUGUCCUGUAUGCUCUCACGCAGCUCUUGGAGUUACUUGCGGCCGAGACAGUACCGUGAAUGUUGAAUUCACCGACCUGGAUAGCAGAAGACGACACACUUAACCUCAUUUGAAUGCCUUUGCAAGGAGUUUGCUGGUUUCUGUGCUGCAGGCAGGGCUUUAGUUUGCUCGGACGGGACUAUGGGGAGAAAGAGGAGGAAGCGUCUUUUGAAUUGCGCAACAAGGAGGACUUGACUCCCAAUGGACGGAGUCCAGCUGAAGUGACUGUUUCUCAACCAACUCGCACAGCCAAUGGAACAAAUGGGCACACUGUCUCAGAGAUGAAUGAAGAGAUGAAGAGCCUGGUCAUCGAGAAGAGUAAGAUGGGCCUGGAGGAAGAGCCUGAAGUGCUGGUCAAGGGGUGGCUGUUGCGGGAGGUGCGAGGAAACUGGAUCAAGCAGCGUCGGUACUGGUUCAUACUGAGCCAGGAUUCCCUUGACUACUACACCGGACCAGAGAAAGGAGCCCGGAGACUGGGCACGCUGGUCCUCACCAACCUCUGCUCUGUCAUCUGGCCAGACAAGCAGACAUACAAGGAAACGGGCCACUGGAGCAUCACAGUAUAUGGACGGAGGCACUGCUACAGGCUGUACACCAAGCACUUCAACGAGGCUGUGCACUGGGCAUGUGCCAUCCAGAAAAUCAUUGAUACCAAAGCACCAGUGGAAACACCAACACAGCUCCUUAUUCGAGACAUCGAGGAGAAUAAGUUCAACCCUGAGGCAGUGGAGCACAUAUACCAGCACAAUCCCAUCCUGAAGUACACCCAGGGCCCCCUGUAUGCUCCUCUGCUGCCCUUCCCAUAUGGCAGCCUGGAGCACACAUACCACAGCGGAAAAGGCUACGGCUCGGUGCGUGAGGAGGCCGUGAAGCUCUUCAAUUGCCUGCAGCAACUAGAGUCGGCGUGGGAGCCAGUUCCCAUCAUCCAGGGCGUGCUGCAGACCUGCCUGGACCUGCGGCCCCUCCGCGACGAGGUCUACUGCCAGCUAGUGAAGCAGACCAGCUACACUCCUGCCCCGUACACUGCCGCACACCUCCGCUACUGGCAACUUCUCACUUGCAUGAGCUGCACCUUCCUGCCUGGGCCCACCGUGCUCAAGUACCUGCGAUUCCACCUUAAGAGGAUCCAGAGCCAGAGUCCUGAGUCUGAGAUGGAUAACUAUGCGUCAUUCAUCAGCGAGGCUCUGGAGAAGACAAAGUGUCGGGAGUGUGUGCCAUCCUGGGAGGAGAUCCAGAUGCUGAUGAGCCGACAGGAGAUGCUGUGCACUGUGCACUAUCCUGGCCCUCUAUCCUGCCAGCUCUACAUCAGCUCACACACAACCGCCAAUGAGGUGGUUCGAAGGAUGCAGGAGAAGCUCGGCCUGCAAGAGAGCAAAAACACAUUUGCACUGUACGAGCAGAAUGCACUGUGGGAGCAGCCGGUCACAGGCAGCGCUCUGAUUGCUGACAUCCUGACCAGGUUUGAAAACCUCUCCACCAAAGAGUCAGAGUCUGAAUCCCAUUGGAAACUGUGUUUCAAGCUCUACUGCCUGUUGGAUGCUGACAGCAUAUCAGUAGACAGCAUUGAGUAUAUCUUCCUCUUUGAGCAGUGCCAUGAGAUGGUGGUGCGUGGCCAGCUGCCAGCCUGUGAAGAGGACCUGCAUGCCUUAGCUUCCCUGAGGCUUCAGUGUCUGAUGGGUGACUUCAGUACUCAUGCCCCCUGCCCACCUCUGGACGAGCUUUUCCCAGGUCACGUUCUAGAAUCUCGAGUCCUCAUGUCCCUCUCUGCACCCCAAACCCUGCCUCCUUGUCAGGUGGCUGCCCAAGGCUGCCCCACGACGCAGCGCUUCCACACGGGCCUCCUGGCUGGGGCGCUGUGGAGCCACACAGCUACAGCAGCGCACAAGCAAAAGGUGGAGCAGGACAUGCGUCUGCGGAGUCGGCUGAAGGAGGAGGGAGCGACUGUCAUGGUAUCCAUCUUGGAGCGUUGGAAAGGUCUAGCCGGCUACAGCCGCAGGGAUAGUAUGGCCGCCUACCUCACAAUUGCACGCCAGUGGUCAGGCUUUGGAUGCACUCUUUAUGAAGUGGACUUUUAUAUUAGUUCAACAGGGAGUUUUUCCCAGAAGUUGUGGCUUGGUGUAGCUGCUACAUCGGUGUCUCUGUAUCGGCAGGGAGAGGCAGAGGCCCUGGAGUCCUUCCCUUAUGGCCAGAUCUGUUCUUAUGGCGUAUCCGAUAGCAACACCUUCAAGAUCACAGCUGGGGAUCGGGAUCUGCUGUUUGAAACCACCAAGCUGACUGAGAUCAUGCAGCUGAUGAAUGCGUAUUUCAGUGCCAUCCAUCGCCAGCGAGGGAAAGGGGAAGAUGCGGACAUCACCAUCACAGAAAGCACAGAGGUGGGAUUCCAUCACCUGGCCUUGACACACACACCCACCCUCCUGGAGCUGCCCUCGCACCCUGUUUGAGAGGGAUCCAUACCUGAACACCCCCAACCCCCCACCAUCCUAAUCCACGUGGCCCCUGUGAAGCCCAGCCCCAGUCCUCAGGACACCACGCCUCCUCCACUGGGAACGGCACGGCAGCCAAAACAAAGAGAGGGCUGUUUUCGCUCCCCAUCCGUGAAAAUAAACCCUUGCUGAGCUUUCCAGCUAAGGGAGCUGGCCGAGGGAGGGUGCGGGAGGGGACGGGAAGGCAAGGGGGUUCUGUUUUGCAAGUGAGGCCAGAAACCCACAGAAACCAAUGCGGUUGCUGAUGAGCUGUCACACACCCUCCACCCCAUCCUGUCACGCAACCAACUCUGUUACCCUACAUGGCAACACCUCCACCACCCCCUUAGACAAUGUGAGACGUUGGCAUGAGCCUUACUACAUCAGGGAGAGAUAGCAUCACAAGAGUUAGGACUUAUGGCAACAAUAAGCUGUGGUACUCCUCUCUUUUUCUCUCUCGAAGUGUGCCAUAUUUGUUUUGCCUUUCCUAGAAGGCAGUUGUCGCUCAUGCACUGCUGGAAUAGUGUUGAGAACAUUCAGUGACACACACACACCCUCCCGUCUUUGGUUCUCUUUCACACACGCAUACACACACACACUCUCUCUCACGUGCACUUAUGCUGACAUGUUCAUCAGAGACAGUCCGUUUUCAUAAGGUCCCUGGCCGGGUUUGCAUUACCUGGAACUGUUGAUGCAGUGAGCCAUGUGAACUUGGAACUGGAAACAGAUGUUGAACUCUGUAGCUAAGUCACUUUGGCUGCCAUUGCCAUAUAGACUCUUACCUAUGGGAUUAUGUGUGUGUGUUUGUGUGCGUGUGUUUGUGUGUCUAUUUGAUCAAGAAAAUCAUUUCCUGGACUGCAUUCAGGAUCGGAGUCUGUCACAGAAACAAAAAAGGAUUUCGGAACUGUUUCUUCGUUGUAUCCAUCAAAUGCUCUCCUGUGUCCUUCGUUGUGCUGCUUGUCUUGGCUGUAAUCCUCAACACGAAACUUUGUUCUAUCCUAAUGCAGCUCUUCUCUGCUGAAAAUAACAGGUGCUUCUCUGUUUAUUAUUGUUAUUUUCACAUUGUGUAUAUAUAAUGGAAGAAAUUAAACUUAGAGUACACAUAAAACCCCUAGUCAGAGAUCUGGAUCAUAAGAGAAGAAGUGACGCCAUAUUUACCAUGCAGUUCCCCUGCUAUUUAAACCAAAAUGUUUUUUAAUCAGGCCAUGGAUGCUUUUGUAGUAUUAUUUAUGCAAACUUUGCUAUUUUCUCUGUGCUUUGUCUUAAAUGCAGACCCAGAUGUGUUUUCUGAUAAAAUGUUAACCAACAGCCAUAAAUGCUUUUGGUUGUGUUCCAAGCUGUGUUCCCCUUGAUCCCCCUGCAGUUCAGAUGUGUAAAUCCUGUGUAGCUCAGUCUUUGUGUUCACUGUUUGAGUUUUCUUGUGAAGCCAAAGUUUCGCCAAGUCAUGGGUUUGAGCAUGGACCAAAGAUAUUUUUUCCAAAUAAGCUUUUAUUACAAGAAAUUAUCCCAAAGCAGACAGA